AUGCCCGACACGGCUCGAUAUCGCAUUUCACCCGUGGAGGCGGCCUCGGCCACAGCACUGCGCGGGAACCUCUGGGCCGAGGCUGGGGCCGCAGGGGGCACGGGCCGGGUGUUCCCAUGGGCAAGGCGCUCCCCGCGGGCCGGGAUUGCCGCCGGCAGCGCGGGGCGGCCGAAUGGCGGCCGCGGCGCCGUGCGGGGCGCGGCGGGCCGGGCGGCGGAUGAGCUGGCCAACGCCGCCGCCCGCGGGGACCUGCAGCGCCUCGGGGAGCUGCUGGGCGGAGCGGCGGACCCCAACGCCGUCAACUCCUGCGGCAGGACUCCCAUCCAGGUGAUGAUGCUGGGCAGCCCGCGGGUGGCCGAGCUGCUGCUGCGGCGCGGAGCCGACCCCAACCGCCCGGACCCGCGCACCGGCUGCUUCCCGGUGCACGACGCGGCCCGCGCCGGCUUUCUGGAGACGCUGGCGGCGCUGCACCGGGCCGGGGCGCGCCUCGACCUACCCGAUGGCCGCGGCCGCCUGCCCCUCGACGUGGCGGCGGGGGGCCCGCACGGAGCGGUGGGGCGGUACCUGCGCGACCCGCCGCCCCUGCCCUCCCUCUUUGAUUUUGGUUAA